AUGAAAGUCGUUUUCACGGGUUCAUCUGGCUACAUUGGAAGUCAAGUCUUCAAGCAAGCCCUUGCGGACAAGCGCAUAGACAAGAUCGUGAAUCUGGUGCGACGACUGCCGACGAACUCAUCGGUCCAGCACGACAAGGUCAGAACAAUCAUUGUCAAGGACUUCAACAACUAUGACAAAGAGACCAUCACAGAGAUUGAGGAUGCUGAUGCGGCGAUCUGGUGCGCCGGAACGUUCACGGGAGACCAGGUAGUGCAUGUCGAGUACCCAACCACCUUCUACAAUGUUGUCACGAGCAGGCCGGCAUUCAAGACCAGGACGACGCCAUUCCGCUUCGUCUAUCUCGGUGGUGCCUUCACUGAGCCAGAUCAGUCCAAGACACUAUGGUUCAUGCCCACCGCCCGCAAGGGCUCAGGACGAGGACAGACUGCCGUGGCCGACUUCAGCAGAAUGGCAAACUUUGAAGGCUACGUCGUGAAACCCGGCAUUGCGCUUCGGGCGUACGAUGAGGCAAGCUGGCUGGCGAGGGCUUUCGGGUGGCUGGCGGGAUCCUACUGGACGGCGUGGAACGACGAGGUUGCAAAGGUGAUGAUUGACGUCGCGUCGGGUGGGCAUAGGGAUGUGCUGAUCAGCUCGAGGGAAAUUGCUGAGACGGCCAAGUCAAGAUCAGACUGA